AUGUCCGGAUCACGGGAUCCAGAUUAUUGUAGUCGCCGUCAACGACGAACGUUGCUCACCUUCCUAUCUUUGAAUAGACAAGAAGAAAGCAUGGAUCGUCAGCAAUCUGAACGGUGGUGGGCAAUGUACGAAAGCUCAGACGAUCGCGCCUCUCGUCUCAUCUCCAAGUAUAAAUUUGAAGGCGCACCUUCAGACGCAGAAAGGUUGAUCUUGAAGGCAUUCGAGGAAGAUAGGCACGCCGAAAUCACUUCACUGGAAGCGCAAAAACGCGAGCUGGAAAAGGUUGUGGAAGACGCACGUCGAAAUCUAGCCGAGCAUUGCACGUUGCUGCAGCAAAAGCGGGCAGCAGCAGCCCUUAGCAGCGCUGCGUGUGCUCCUAUCCGUCGGUUGCCGACAGAGAUAUUAUGUCGCGUCAUGCGAUUGUGCAUCCCAGACUAUCGUUUCCGUCGCUCUACCAAAUCUACCGCCCCCUUCAUCUUCCUCCAGGUGUGCAAAUAUUGGAGAGAGGUUGCCCUCAAGGAACCGACGCUGUGGAAUCGCGUCAAGUCCACGUUUGACGACCUCCCAGGCAAGGUCAAUACCCUCGUGUCGGCUAUUCUAUAUCACAAGUAG